AUGGAGUUGGAGUUGCCUAAUCGUUUAUACGGUGAGGGAUUGGAACCUCAGGUUAAGAAGAUAAAUAACAGCUGCCGACUAAAACUUCUCGAGUUGCUGAAAGAAAAAAUGGAGCCAGAAUUCGAUGAAGUUAUGAAAGAUCUCAUUUUUUCACAGAUUAUGGUUAUCCAGAAGAAUGAUCUGAAGUUUUCGGCGAGGUUGGUACACUCUUUCUUGUGUAAGGAGUUGAUGACAAGCAAGAGACAUGAGAAGUGGUUCACUUUCGCUAGGAGACCUCUGCGUUUUGGAUUGCAAGAGUAUCAUGCUGUCACUGGUCUGAAAGUGAAGCGAGAGAAUAACAGUGGGUUAGUGACAUGGAAAGAUGAUGAUGUUUUUUGGAGCAAGCAGAUAAAGACAAAUGGAAAAAUAAAUUUGCAGAUCAUUAAAAAUAAGCAUUUGGAAGAGAUCAAUACCUGGACUUGGGUUGAUAGGGUGAGACUGAUAUAUCUUUGCGUUAUUAUGGGUGUGGUGAUGGGGAAGGAUGAGAAGCAAAUUGAUAAAACAAGGCAUAAAUUAGAGCAGAAAGAGGGGUAUCUGAUGGAAGGAUUCUUGUUUGGUUUCCAAAUUUGGAUAAUGGAAGAUGUUCCUGCUUUAGGAGAGAUUUGUGGCACAAAAGGGAUUUUGCAUUCAUUCAUGGAAUCCCACAUAGAUAGAGUGGUACUUUUGGCAACUGAUUUUGUACAGAAGGAUGAGAAGAAAGAUGAAAGAGUAGAUCGCAUUUUGGAUAUGAUCAAUAGUAAACUUGAUUGGAACAAUCAUGUUUGGGGAGUAAAAGAAGCUACGAACUCUGAAUUUGAGGAAUCUGGCGAAGAGAAAGGAGAGGAUCAAACAGCCGAUACUGAGAGAAGUGAAAAUAGUCAUGUUGCAGGGAAUGUUGAUGGCACAGCUGAUGUUUCGGGAAGAAACAAGAGAAAGCAUGCAGACCGAGGAGCAGAGUUAAGGAAGAAGAAUGUUUUGUGCCACCUAGCUGCUUCAUCAAAAGGGAAUAUUGACACAAAUAUGAAAAAUUUCUUGGAGGAUCUGGUACAAGCUUCUUUUACUACUUUUGGGGAGAAAUUCUGUCAGCAGUUCUCGGACAGGUUGGGUAAGAUUGAGACUGAGGUUACACAACUCAGGACAGCUUUGGAGAGAACUGAGCAAUUUGAGACAGUUGUAACCGACAGAUUGGGGAAAAUUGAGGCUGAGGUUACACAGCUCAGGACAACUAUAGUGGUGACUGAAUUGGUGGGAAAGAGUGAUCAAGCAAGCGGUCCUAGCAUGACCAAAAUCAACAGUGGUCCUAGCACCAGCAAAAAAGGCACUGCUCCAUUAAAGAAAAAGGCUGUAAAAAACCAAGAGUUAAAGACUGCUGAUUCGUGUGUCAAUUUACCUCGUGCAAAAGUUACUCAAUCAUCAGCUAGUGAUCUUCGUAUGGGUACACAAGAGUUUUUGGAAAGUUGCAUGAAGAACCUUCCAUUAGACACAUUUGUGAAAGGUUUGAAUCCUUCUCAAGCUAAAGUCAAAGAUUCAUUGGAUUGGUUGGAACUUCCAAAAUCAUUGAAGAAGCCAACAGAUUCAUUGGAACUUCUAAAAUCAUUGAAGAAGCCAGCGGUCCGAUUAGAUGACCGAGAUAUAGAGCUAGACGGCGAAGAUUUCCCUGAUCGCUGCUUGGUCUUUGUGCAUCCUAUAUAUUUUAAGAAGAUGCAGGGCUGGCAAGAUACACGAACAGCUAUACAGAUUGGUCCAUCUAUGUUAGACGGUGAUCUAGUCGGACGUAAUAUGUCUGCCAGCAGUUGGCUUAAAAACUACGAAAUUGAUGCUAUAAUCGACCUCAUUGCUAAGGAUUACCAGAAUUUCUGUAAGGGUAUUAAAAAAUACACUAUGGAUCCAUUAUUACUGAAAUACGGUAAAGGUGAACUGCCUUCCCAUGGAAGAACACGGAUGUUGUGGAAUGUCGAUGUGGAUCGGAUGUACGUUCCUGUCUGGGUCAAUUGCAACCAUUGGAUUGCUUUAUGCAUCAGUUUUGUGACUAGGAAUAUCCAGGUGUUUGAUUGCGUGGGUAAAAAAAAAAUCAAGGAAGUGGAAGCUUUCGCGCAGCUUAUUCCUCGGAUUGUCAAGGCCGUGCAGUCAUUAACAAUACAGAAGCAUCUCCACAUCACUCCGUACAAUGUUUCCUAUGUACCUAUGAGUGGUCUUAACCGACUUCAAUGUCAUUGUGGUGUGUACACUACAAAACACAUCGAAUGCCACGUGCUUGGGUUGGACAUAUCUAUGGUGAGUGAUGAGAACAUCUGGGGAGCUCGGAUAAAGAUUAUGUGGAAUCUAUGGGAAGCAGCUAAUGAUCUAGAACUGAUUGAGAGAAUGUCAAAGUAUGAACCUAUUAAGUAUAGUAAGUCUGCUGAGUAUGUUGAGAUUGAUGAUUUAUGA